CACAAAACACAAUAAGUAUCUCUACUAAUUGCGAAUUCACACACUCCACAAUAAAUCCAAUAGCAACAACAACAAUGGAGGCCAGCAAAUGGACGGCGGCGGCGGCGAGCAUUUGGAUCCAGUGCAGCUGCGGCGCCUCCUACGCCUUCGGCAUCUACUCUCCGAUCCUCAAAUCCUCCCAAAACUACGACCAAUCCACGCUCGACACCAUCUCCGUCUUCAAGGACAUCGGCGCCAACGCCGGCGUCCUCUCCGGCCUCCUCUACGCAGCCGCGCCGAGGACCUGGAUCGUGCACGCCGCCGGCGCCGCGCAGUGCCUGGUCGGCUACCUUUUCCUCUGGCUCGCCGUCACCGGCGCAAUUCCGCAGCCGCACGUGGCGGCCGUGUGCCUCUUCAUGUUCCUCGCCGCGCACGCGCAGACGUUCUUCAACACGGCCAACGUCGUCACCGCCGUCGAGAAUUUUCCGGGGUAUAGCGGCACCGUCGUCGGGAUUAUGAAGGGCUUCCUUGGGUUGAGUGGUGCAGUUAUCAUACAAGUUUACCAGACAUUAUUCCCAGAAAAACCAACCACAUUCCUCCUCAUGCUCGCCUUCGUCCCGUCCCUCCUCUCCCUCGCCCUCAUGUUCUUCGUCCGAGCUCACCCCACUUCCUCUGCAGGUCACGAUAAGACAUACUUGAACGGCUUCUCGCUAAUCUCCAUGGUCGUUGCCGCAUAUGUCAUGCUCCUAAUCAUCUUAGAAAACGUGUUCGUCCUCGCCCCUUGGAUGCGCGCUCUCACACUGACGAUCCUCUUCCUCAUCCUCUCCUCGCCCCUCCACGUAGCCGUCAAGGCAAACAAACACGAAGCAGAGAAACAGAGCUCACUCCCCAGUCUGAAGGCCCCUCUGAUAGUGGACAAUGCUGUAACAAGAAAACCAAACGAAAGCGAGCUGAAUCUUGUGCAAGCUCUCCGCACUUUGAGCUUCUGGCUGCUGUUUGUUGCCAUGUUGUGCGGGAUGGGGUCGGGGCUCGCCACGAUCAACAACAUCAGCCAGAUCGGGGAGUCCCUGGGCUACACCGCGGUGGAGAGGAGCACACUAGUAUCACUGUGGAGCAUAUGGAACUUCCUUGGCCGGGUCGGGGCAGGGCUCUUGUCGGACACCUUCCUUCACAAGAAAGGCUAUCCGAGGCCGUUGUUUAUGACUGUGACUCUGGCAGCCAUGACUGCUGGCCACGUCAUCAUUGGAUCAGGUUUCCCGGGAAACCUCUACGUGGGAUCCGUGGUGGUAGGCAUCUGCUACGGGUCGCAGUGGUCGCUUAUGCCGACCAUCACCUCUGAGGUAUUCGGGGUGCGGCAUAUGGGGACGAUAUUCAAUACGAUCGCCAUUGCUAGCCCUUUGGGGUCGUACAUAUUUUCCGUUAGGGUUAUUGGGUAUAUGUAUGAUAGAAAUGCUGGAGAUGAGAGUUCUUGCAGUGGAACUCAGUGUUUCAUGUCGUCUUUCUUCGCUAUGGCGGUUGUAAGUCUUUUUGGGUCGCUCGUGGCAUUAGGGUUGUUCGUCAAGACGAGGACGGUUUAUGCUCGGAUCAUGCGUACAAGUAUGUUGGCUUGAUUUUAGUUACACUAUAAAAAUUGUAAUGCUAUUUGUGGUAUAUAUUUUUCAAUUGUGGACUCUUGUGUCACGUGGUCUAGGCUUCACGAGAUUGGCCUUUUUUUUGUGUUAAAGAGACUUCUUUUUAUGUUUUGGGUCUGAAAAAGUCCGGUGGCUGUAUUCAUUUAGAGUAAUUUGUAAAUUUUUGUGAUGAAGAAUUGAGUUUGUAAUUAUUUGUAUUGAAUAUUGAUAUAUCUUGAAAUUU